GCACCGCUUCAUGCCGAUUAAAGAAGCUGUUGGAAUGUACAAGGAUCGGGUGAAAUCUUCCUUCGAUUCUCUCACAGAGAAGAAAUCGGCGGCUCUAGAAAUGGAGCAGCAGCAGAAACAGAAGAUUUCCCAAGUUAGGAAACAGUCGAGCAGUCUGCAGACCAACAUCGCAUCCGAGUUCACUAAAAUGCACCAGAUUCUCACUGAGAAGGAGCAGUGUUUAAUCCGAGAUCUCAGGGAAGAAGAGGGAAAAAUUCUAAAAACAAUGGAGGGAAACCUUCGUGAAAUUCAGGAGAAUUUAAAUUCUAUUCAGGAGAAACUCUCAAAGUUGGAAAAACUGUUGGAACAAAAAGACGGAGUGAUAUUUCUGAAGGAGGAAGCAUUUCAGAAGAGGAGAAUUAGCAGUGAUGAUAAUAAACUGUCACUAGCAGAUGAUGCCCUGCCCAUCGAAAAGUUCAACGCACCUUUACCAUUACCAGUGUGGAGAGAAAUGCUGGAUGCCAUUAACCCUGUCUCUGUGAACCUGGAUGUGGAAACAGCGAGUCCCUGGCUCGAGGUGUCUGAGGAUCUGAAGAGUUUGAGACGGACCUGGACCCGGAGGAGUCUCCCUGACACCGGGAAGAGGUUUACACACAGGAUCUGUCCCUAUGUCCUGGGAUCAGAGGGAUUCACAUCGGGGAGACAUUACUGGGAGGUGGAGGUGGAGGGGAAUCGGCGCUGGAGACUGGGAGUAGCCGCAGAGUCUGUGGAGAGGAAGGACUGGGUCAGACUGAGCCCGGAGACUGGAUUCUGGACGAUUGAGCGGUUUGAGGAUGAGUUUUAUAUAAAAUCCUCUCCUGGAUCCCGUCUCCCUGUCGGUCAGAUCCCCGGGAAGGUGGGAGUUUAUCUCAGUUUUGAGUCUGGGACAGUUUCAUUUUACAGCGCGGACACCAAGUCCCAUCUCCACAGCUUCACUGGGAAUAAAUUCACUGAGAAACUUUAUCCUUUCUUCUGGACUUGGAAUAAAAAUCAGUUUCUGAGAAUCUGCCCCAGGUUCUGAUUCGGUUCUGGGAAAGGGGCGGGGUCUCGGGAUGUUACAUCUUCCCUGACGUCACCAUGACUUGACCCCGUGAUUCCAUUGACAACAGGUUGUUCCUAAAUGUGUCAUUUAAUUUCCAAAUUGUAAAAUCCCAGUCAGAUUGUAAAUAAAACCAAUACAAAUAUCAAUGUCAGCGGAUUAAUAUAAAAUGUAAAUUUAAUAUCUUGUGUGUCUCCUUCCUUCAUUUACUACCUGCUUCAGUCAGUCAAACCACCCAGUCCCAUCCUCCAUCUCUUCACCUGUUUCCCAGUCUGUAGCUGGGAUUUCUUCUGUGUUUCCAUUUCUCACUCUGCACCCAGAACAUGAAAACCUGAGAGGGAAACCCAGAUAUUGA